GGAGAGGGGGCGUUGGCUCUGACGUCACGGGGUGUUGGUUCUGACGUCACGAGGGCGUUGGUUCUGACGUCACGGGGCGGGCGUCAAAAUGGCGGCGGCGGCGGCGGGAGCUUGGCUGAGGGGCUGCGCCAAGCUGAGAAGACACUUGCCAGCAGCCUUGGCUCCUUGGAGGGUUUCUCCCUGUGCUUUUAGAUCCUCCAAAUCAGAACUCAAGCCAAAUGUAGCCGGUGAUGGACUUGCCUGUGCUCCACUUCAGACAUUCACUGAAGAGGAGGCCAUGCUGAAAGACAUGGUGACCAAAUUUGCCCAGGAACGAGUUGCACCUUUCGUGCAAAAAAUGGACGAGAAUGCGAAAAUGGAAGAGUCCAUUGUACAGGGAUUGUUUGAACAAGGGCUGAUGAGUAUUGAGCUUGGGGAAGAAUAUGGAGGAACUGGAGCUUCAUUUUUUUCAAUCAUAUUGGCAGUGGAAGAAUUGGCCAAAGUUGAUCCAGCUGUGGCUCUUGUGUGUGAACUCCAAAACACUCUAACAAAUAAAUUGUUUACCACCUAUGGAACAGAAGAACAAAAGAGAACUUACCUGCCCAGGGUGUCCAAAGAUACAUUAGGGAGUUUCUGUCUUUCUGAGGCUGGGUCUGGCAGUGAUGCUUUUUCCUUGAAGACUCGAGCUGAAAAGAAGGGAGACUACUACAUCAUCAAUGGCUCAAAGAUGUGGAUUAGCUUAGCAGAAGAUGCAGGAGUCUUCUUUGUCAUGGCAAAUACAGACCCAUCCUUAGGCUACAGAGGAAUUACAUGCUUCGUAGUGGAUCGCAACACAGAGGGGCUUCAGGUGGGGAAAAAGGAGGACAAGCUGGGGAUCAGAGCAUGUUCCACCUGCCCAGUCACCUUUGACAACGUGAAGGUUCCUGAGAGCAAUAUCCUGGGACAAGUUGGACAAGGCUAUAAGUAUGCCAUUGGAAUGCUCAAUACUGGCAGGAUAGGGAUUGCUGCACAGAUGUUAGGACUGGCCCAGGGGUGUUUUGACCGCACAGUUCCCUACACGAAGGAGAGAGUCCAGUUUGGGAAAAGCGUGUUUGAUUUCCAGGGGAUGCAGCACCAGAUUGCCCAGGUGGCCACGCAGCUGGAGGCAGCCAGGCUGCUGACCUACAACGCGGCGCGCCUGGCGGAGGCGGGCAGGCCGGCCAUCAAGGAGGCCAGCAUGGCCAAGUUCUUCACUGCUGAGGUUGCAACACUAACAACCAGUAAAUGUAUUGAAUGGAUGGGAGGUGUUGGAUACACCAAAAAUUACCCAAUAGAAAAGUACUACCGUGACUGCAAGAUAGGUACAAUAUAUGAAGGAACUUCAAAUAUCCAGUUGAGCACAAUUGCAAAAUUCUUAGCACAGGAGUACUGAAACCAUAAGGACUUUCUUGAUGCUAUAUAAAAAUUAUUUCCCUGAACAGUGAUUGUAAAUUUAUUUGUAAUUACAGAAGGCAUUGAUGGCAUACUAAAUAAGAAUACACCAUCACAGUGGAAUCAUAGGGAAAACCGCGAGUUCCCCAUUUCAGGAGAGGGAGUGAUUCCUGUGAAAUCAUGAAUUCCACAUUUAAAUCCAAACUUCUUUCAGCCUGAGACACUUCCAAGCACUGGAUGUAGCUCCCUUAGGUCAUGCCAGCAGUUCAUCUCCCCUUGGAGAUUUCAGAGUGAAAACAAAGGAAUCCAAAUCCCUGGAAUUCCUGUUGCUCCACCUGGGAGAGCUGGUGUGUGGAGAGGAGCUGCAGUUGGGGGGUGCUGCUGCAUUAGCAUGGGGUGCAAAGAGAGGGAAGUGGUGGUUUCCUCUCUGCCAGGCUGGAGUGAUGUCUGUGGAGCUGCUGUAAUUGGAGCCAUUUUUACAGCAGCCCUCAGUGUGUUCUUAAGGAUAUCUUUGUAAUUAAGCCCUUGCAGCCCCAAUUUGUACUCCUGAAAGGUGGAUAAUAUCCGCCUCCCUUUCCAGCCUUCUCAGCUGUUAAGGGUUUUAAUCUAAGAGCCUAUUUAUAGUUCUCCUUUCAUAAAAGGUUGAGUUGAAAUCUUUCUGAAAUGGGGUUAAAAAAGCUCUAGUAGUUCUGCAAAAGGACAGAUAUAAGCUGGGUAAUGGGAGUGCUGUGAUUCUACCUCCAGUGGCCUUUCCACAUUCAAUGCAUUUUACAAACUUUAAAGGGAGGCACUGUUAAUUUGCAGCCUAGUAUUCCUUGCUCCUGGAAGUUAGUGGUUCUCUAGCACAGUUUUUCCCUUUUUUAAGAGAGAAAAAAGGGCAGGGGGUUGGGAAGUAUUUGCUUUUUUAUUUGUCUCUGUUUACUCUAAAAUUAGACAUUUUAUUUACAGCAGAAACCUCUUCAGUGCUGGAGAGCUAAUUAACUAAUAAUCAAGAGACAGGAAGCUUAAUAUAUGAAAAAUCAUCCUAAUUGCUGUAAUUGGCAAUCUGUUUCAAGUGUUUUGGGGAGGGAAGGAUUGGUUUUCUGGUUUUGGCUGACUUAGAGGAAUCUCAUUUUUAAAGCUUGCCUUUCACUGAUGAUUCACUCUGAGUGGAGCUUAGAACAUUACAGGCUGAGACUCCCAGAGGAUUUCCUAGCAAAACCAGGGCAAGUGACACUUAACAAGUGGGAUUUGUAAAACAAGCAGUGCCUUAGACAAAGAAACAAGCAAGGAUGAAAAGCACUAUUAAAAAGUUCUCUGACUUCAAAGGGAAGUAACUGCUUUAGUGAAUUAAUCCCUCUAUGUACACACUUUGCCUGGUAAUGGGCAAAGAAUUAUUGUGGUGAUUAUCCUUGUGCCAAUAAAAAAGCCCCUCCCAUAUGAGUUUGAUCAAGAGCUUUGAGAUUUACAAAAAUACAAGGGAAGGAAGGUAGGCUAGAUGAUUUCUGAAGUUUUCUUGUAGCAACAUUAUUAUUAAUCAUCAUCAUCAUUAUUAAUAUUAUUAAUGCAUUUCAGAUUUACUUGCAGGCUUUCUUUCAGCUGAAUUGAAACAACUGGGGAAAUUUAGAUUAUAAUUAAAACUAGUCUUAAUUCUAAUUUAGAUUAGAAUUAAGACUACCGACACCACAGCAUUUAACUACAGUUAUUCUGCUCAACAAGGUCUAUCUGUGAAUCCAAAAUAAUCAUAACCACUGCAAAAUGCUGGAGUUAAUGCUGAUUGCUGUGCUGAGUUGUGCCAAGGUGAGGCAGCCCUUGGCUGCUGAGGUUUAAUCUGCUUUGCUCACAUGAGUGUCCACACAAAACAGGGUUUGGUUUUUGCUGUGAUCUCCUGGUUUGAGGCACUCUCAGCUUGGCAUCUGCAGUUUUGUGUGAGACUGAGGACUGCAAUAUUUAACUGAUUCAAUACAGUGCCAGAAGCAAACCCUUUGUGGAGGGAAGUGCAGAGCUCUUUGAAGGACUGUUAAGGGCUGGAUAUCCAGGAUUAUGUAAAAAGACUCUCUUUGUGUAGAGCUGUGUCAGGUAUCCAUUUGAAAAAAUAACCAGGGGAAAAUGAGAUUGAUGUGAUUCCUCACAUCUGAUAUGGGAUGCCUGAGUCCAGCAAACAACCUGAACAUUCUCGGCAUGAAUUCAACAGUAGCUGAUGAGCUUUUCUUCUCAAUAAAGCAAGGUCAAGCCUUUAACUAAUGUUACAGCUGUAAAUAUUUCAUGCCUUUGUUAUGUAUGCUGUAUUUUGUACACAGUUUUGAAAGAAAUAAAUAAUGUAUUGUAUUUGUAUACAAAA